AUGACCGAGAACCCUACCAUUCCUUCUCCUUCCGGUCCCCCGCAGCCUACCUUCGCAGCUUCGACCAACCCUCCCGAAGACGCCGAGAACCAUCUUGGUGAAAUCCAGUGCAUUUGCGAGAUUUCCGAUGAUGAUGGCUUCACCAUAUGUUGCGACAUCUGUGACAGCUGGCAGCAUCUUGUGUGCGUUCAGCUCACCAAAGAAAACCUGCCAGCAAAGUACUAUUGCCCGAAAUGUUCGCCACGGACUCUGGACAUACAAAAAGCCAAAGAUAUUCAAAGGCAGCGACGGGCAGAAGAGCAGGCGAAAAGAAGUCACAAGAAAAAGCGACCGGUUGCGACAUCACACAAGAAAAAAGAACAUACAAACGGAACGGCCCCGGGCAAGUCAUCCUUGGGAACGGACAAGACGACAACGACACAGGGCUUGGGUAAGCCGCCCAGCCCCAAGGAAAACCAACAACCCUCCAGCCGAAAAAGGGGCCAUAGAGGCUCACAAAGCAUCUCAAAUCCACCUAUACAAUCCGUUGUGGGACCAGCGACCUUUAACAACAUUGUUAAUGACACGAUUUCUCUGGAUUCGCCCCGAAUUGCUCCUCCGACUCACAACGGCGACACAGAGAGCGACACAGACUACGAGAACAAACGCGAUUUCGCUACCGCAAUUGAAAAAUAUGGGGAACCCUCCCAGGCCUUCAUUGAGAAGCCAGUAUCUACUACCCACUUGAUGGCGGAAUGCUCAUGUUCGGGAGCGAAUGAUUGUCCUAUGAAGAGUGAGCAUUCUGCACUCAAGCCUCCUAUCUCGAAUGGAAGGCGAAAGGCCAAGAGGAAUGCAUCCCUGGAACCGAAUAUUUCUGUCAUUCCCAAAGAGCCCAGUUCCGAUUCUGGGCCUCCAAAUGAUGAAGACGACGAUGAUAGCCGAUCGGUUUCGGCACCUUCAUCAAGAAGCAAGCCUCGCAGUCGUGAUUUGACACCAUCGGCCUCGCUCGAUACUGCAAUAGAAAAUGAAAUGACUGCACGAGACGCUCGAAAGCUGAAAGAUGUAUUGUCACUCAUCGAAAAACAGGAACAGCCUCAGCCAGUCAAACGUCGGAAACGAAACAGCACAGUUUCCAGAGAUAUGCCUGCAGGUACACUUUCUUUGCCACGCCCUAAAUCAGAUCUAAAAGAUGGGACGAAAGGAGCCGAUGCAAAUAAGAAGCAGAAAGUCCCUAACAGUCAGAAUACACCAUAUUCACCUACUGUCACUACUCCUGCUUCGAUGUCAGUUGAUUCCUUCCGAGUCAGGAAAAUCACGUCGCAGAGCGUCUGUUUCUCCAACUGGGCAAAACAAUGGCGGAGACUCAAAACAUCGGAGUAA